CAAGAUGGCGGCUACUGGCGUGCUGCCCUUCGUCCGGGGCAUCGAUUUUACUCGAAAUGACUUCCAAGAGGACUACUUUCCCAAAGCAGUCGGUGACAUGACUGGCUUGCGAUGGCUGCGGCUAAACAGGACCAAGAUCGACUGGAUCCCAGACGAACUGCUGAGCCUCAAGAAACUUGAGACGCUGUCUCUGGUGCGCAACAAUCUGGUGACGCUGCACGGCGAGGUCCCGCAGCUGCCAUGCCUGCGAUCCCUCAACUGCCGCCACAACCGUCUCAAGAACUCGGGCAUACCGCCCGACGUGUUCGACCUCGAAGACCUCUUUGUUGUGGACCUGAGCUACAAUGACCUGCGGGAAAUCCCCACCAACCUGGAGCACGCCCGGGGCCUGCUCGUGCUCAACCUCGCAUACAACAGAAUCGAGACAAUCCCACACCAGCUCUUCGUCAGCCUAGUCGACUUGAUUCAUCUCGACCUGAGCGGCAACCAGCUUGAGACUCUGCCACCUCAGAUGCGGCGCCUGGUCAGUCUGCAAACCCUAGUGCUGAACGACAACCCCCUCGGCCACUACCAGUUAAGGCAGCUACCAGCGCUGACGUCGCUGCAAGUACUCCACAUGCGCAACACACAGCGGACGGUCAUCAACACGCCCGUCUCUCUCGAUUCAUCAGCCGUGCUUUCUGACGUGGACUUCUCCCAAAAUGCGCUGCCGAGGAUUCCCGACGUCCUCUACACAUUGCCGACGCUUCGGCGGCUCAACCUGAGCGACAAUGCCAUCACAGAGGUGUCUCCCGUCAUUGGAGAUGUAUGGAAGAACAUCCGCAGCCUCAACCUGUCUCGAAACAAGCUGACAUCGCUGCCCGCAGCACUGUGCAAGCUCACCACGCUGACCCACCUGUACCUCAAUGACAACUUGCUCGACUUCGAGGGCAUUCCGUCGGGAAUUGGCAAGCUCCACAAUCUGGUGGUAUUCAUGGCGGCUUACAACAAUCUGGAGAUGAUCCCCGAAGGGGUUGUACGCUGUGGACGACUGAAAAAGCUGGUGCUGUGCCACAACCGCCUCAUCACGUUACCCGAGGCAAUCCACCUGCUCACCGACCUCGAGGUGCUCGACCUCAAGGACAACCCAGACCUGGUGAUGCCCCCCAAGCCGCUCGAGUGCCAGCGGGGCGCAGGUGCCGAGUUCUACAACGUUGACUUCUCGCUCAGCGAACAGCUGAGGCUUGCUGGGGCUACGCCAACUGCGCAGAUCCCGGCACCAACCCCCGUGAAGGACCCGAUUGCGCGCAAGAUGCGGCUUCGGCGGCGGCGGGAAGGCGAGGCUGACAGUGACCAAGCAAAGAUUCUCAAGGGCAUGACCGAUGUGGCCAAGGAGAAAGACCGCAAUGGCCGGUCGGGAGGCGAAGACCGUGUGGACUCUCUCAAGCCAAAGCGUUGGGACGAGGCCCUGGAGAAGCCACCCAUAGACUACAGUGAGAUCUUCGAAGAGGAUGUUGGUCAGAUGCCUGGGACAUUUGUUUGGGAAAUUGACAACUUCCUUCCAAACCCCCUCGACGAGUCUCUGGUGGGCAAGUUCCACGAGGGUGACUGCUACAUUGUGCUGAAAACGUACGUCGAGGAGACGCAGAAUCUCAACUGGCUCAUCUACUACUGGAUUGGCGCUGAAACCACGCUGGACAAGAAGGCGUGCGCCGCCAUCCAUGCCGUGAACCUGCGGAACUUUCUGGGCGCCCACUGCCGGACCGUGCGGGAAGAGCAAGCGGACGAGAGCCCAGAGUUUUUGCAGCUGUUUGGAGGCCACAUCAACUAUCGCAAGGGGAACAGGGCGUCGAGUGGCUUCUACAACGUCGAGGAAGUGGAGUACGUAAUUCGCCUGUACCGUCUGCACUCCCGAAAUCGUCUGCUGCACGUCGAGUCGGUGGCGGUAGACCCCAGUUCCCUGGACCCGCGGUACGUUUUUGUGCUCGACGCCGGCCGGAAACUCUUUGUCUGGAGCGGCAGGAUCUCGCAGAACACCAUGGUCUCCAAGGGGAGACUUCUGGCCGAAAAAAUCAACAAGAACGAGCGGAAAAACUACUCGGAGGUCAUCACGUGCGCACAAUCCGAAGAGGAGGAAGACUUUUGGAACGCCCUCGGCUGCACGGAUCCCAGCGAGUUUGAAGACUUCGAGCCAGUCGAGCAUGUGCCGGAGAACUUCGCGCCCGCCCACCCCUGCCUGUACAAAGUUGGCCUUGGCAUGGGCUACCUCGAACUGCCUCAAGUGGAGGUGCCCGAGGGCAAGCUGGUGCAAUCCCUGUUGGACACCAAGAAUGUCUACAUCCUGGACUGCAACUCGGACCUGUUCGUCUGGCUAGGCAAGCGAUCGACACGCCUCGUGCGGGCAGCGGCACUCAAGCUGUGCCAGGAGCUACUUUGCAUGAUUCACCGGCCGAGUCACGCGAUCGUCAACCGCUGCCAGGAAGGAACGGAGACAAUGGUGUUCAAAUCCAAAUUCGUCGGCUGGGACGACGUCAUUGCGGUCGACUUCACACGGACAGCCGAAUCUGUUGCAAGAACAGGGGCUGACCUUCAGAAAUGGAUGUCCACCCAAAAGACGAAAACAGACCUGUCUGCCUUGUUUAUGCCUCGUCAGCCCGCCAUGUCUAAAGAGGAAGCAGCGCAACUCAUGGAGGAAUGGAAUGACGACUUGGAAGCCAUGGAAGCAUUUGUGCUCGAAGGCAAGAAGUUUGUAAAGCUUCCAGAAGAGGAACUGGGCCACUUCUACAGUGCGGACUGCUAUGUGUUCCUGUGUCGUUACUGGGUGCCCGCGGAGGUGCCCGGGGAGGGCGAAGGAGACGAGCCAGCCGUCAAGAACGGCCCCGACGGCGGUGCCGGCGAUGAGGACGAGGAGAUGGAGGAAGAGGAGGAGACCGUGGAGGACGACUACACCUGCGUGGUGUACUUCUGGCAGGGUCGGGACGCGGGCAACAUGGGCUGGCUCACGUUCACCUUCAGCCUGCAGAAGAAGUUCGAGGCCCUGUUCGGGGACAAGUUGCAGGUGCUCAGGACGCAUCAGCAACAAGAGAAUCUCAAGUUCCUGUCGCACUUCAAGCGCAAGUUCAUCAUCCACACGGGCAGCCGCAAGAAGUCUCAGACGGAAGAGAACAAUGCCGUCGAGUUGUUCCACCUGCGCGCAAACGGCAGCCCCAUCUGCACGCGGUGUGUUCAGAUUCCUCCCACUGCAAGCAACCUCAAUUCUGCCUUUUGUUACAUUCUGAAAGUGCCUUUCGAGCAAGAUGGCGAGGAGGACGGCAUGGUCUACGUCUGGAUCGGCAGCAAGGCCGACGAGGACGACGUACGGUUAGCGGAAGAACUGGCGCGAUCUCUCUACGGUGCGAUGGAGUAUUCUAUAGUGACCGUCGACGAGGGCGAAGAACCUGAAAAUUUCUUCUGGGUUGGACUGGGAGGAAAAGCACCAUACGAUGACGAGGCGGACUUCCUGCAGCACUCGCGCCUCUUCCGGUGCUCCAACGAGAAGGGCUACUUCGCCAUUUCGGAGAAGUGCGCCGACUUCUGCCAGGAUGACCUGGCGGACGACGACAUCAUGAUCCUCGACAACGGGGCGCAGGUCUUCAUCUGGGUCGGGUCGCGUUGCAGCGAAGUGGAAGUCAAGCUUGCCUACAAGAGCGCUCAGGUGUACGUGCAAAACCUGAGGGUCAAGCAGCCCGAGCUACCACGAAAGCUGAUGCUCACUGUCAAGGGGAAAGAGUCUAAGCGGUUCACAAAGUGCUUCCACGGUUGGGGAGCCUACAAGACCGUCGCCGAGUAGGAGUAGUCAACUACCGCCAAGUCUAGCAGUGACAAUCCACCGAGCCGACCGCACCUACGGCGCCGGGCGAACGUCCCAGCAUCUCGACGAAGCGAGCGCCUGCCCGUCGACAGCCUAAAGCUUGCGACACGUCCAAAGGUUUACGUACGCGCUCGUCGACAACUUUGGAAACUCUGGGCUGCGGAAGAGUUGAGGUGCUGCUGCAAAAGCGCGCAGGUCACAAGUUGGUACCGCCACCGCCUGGUGUUAGGCUUGGACUCUGGACCACCUUUCUCGUCUGUCGGCAGCGGACUUUCUAUGCUUGUUCCCGGUGAACGUAAUCGACUGUUGCCAAAAGCUUGCUAACAAAUUCCCUGGAAUAUCCGAAUGGACGCUUUAAUUCAGUGGAAUAGAAACACUGUUAAGAGAGUUUGCCAAGACCUGGUUCUAAGCAAAUGCGACUCGGGGUUUCCUAAAGGAGUACUGGCGCAACCAUAUUUGAGUUGUCAUAAAUUUUUCGUUAAGUGAAGAACCGAGCCCUCUAAACCCUAGAGAAGUAUACUAGUACUAAGUGUCGGAGCACCCUAAGUAAUUUACUACAUUACUUGUUUCUGUGAACUUGUAGUGCGUUUCGCACAUAGCAGGCAAUGCUACGGAAGCUACGCAAAUAUAGUAUGGUCAUAGAAGGCGCUCUUGGCAUGUUUUCCAGUGCAGUUGUUUUUAAUCUACAACGCUUUCUACGGAAUGACUACUUCAUAUGUUAAAAAUGAAACUUGUGGACCUAAGUUUUACGUCAGGUCACAUAUUACUUGAGUACAUUUGUGCUUCCAGUAUGUGGCGUACUGUGUGUUGGUCGCGAGCGCAGGUAAUGCGCUGUCGCCGCUGGUCGACGCAACGUGUCGCUACACUUGCGUGGUGGUAAAUAGGUUCACAUCUCCAGCGCCCUUCACGUAAUGAAUGCGUCAUGUUUUGCGACGUAAAAGUACGAGACUUCAUUUUACAGCGAAUUGCAUGACGCUUCCUUCACAUGUGACACGCUAUUUUUCAGUCGCAGAAGUGAGCAGUCUCUCUAAGAUCUCCUAGUAUUUCCUGCUAUGUAUGAAAAGAAGUAUAGCUUCGGGGUCUGUACCCAGAAGGUUGAUGUGUGAUGGUGUCACAAUACGCUGGCUUGUUUCGUUGCUGCGGUUGUUGUGGCUACCACGCGCAAGCACAGCCAGAAGAAACGCGUGCAGCACUCCUGUUUAUAUAAUUUUUUUUAUGAGCGACAUCAUAUUGUACCCAGCCUUAUCACUACACAAAGUAAGCAAAUUUAGCUCUGUGUCCCAAAGUCACGAUAGUGUAGAUUACGACUGGUAUGACGUUUCGAUACCAACUUUAGUGUCCAAUUAAAACAUCUUCACGUUCCCCCGACAUUCAUACUUGCUAGGUAUCGUCAUCCUUUUAUGUGCGAGGAGUGCGUGUUAGAUUUUUGACAACUUGACAACUUCGGGAAGAUGCCUCAGUACUCCUUUAAGCAAAUAUCACGCUUUAUAUGUAGUCAGUGGCAGGUCAAGAAUGCAGCACCGAAUGCUUUUCAAAGCGAACAUGUAUAACAGUAGCAGGGAAACCUUGGGCAAGUUGGUGUACGUUGAUACUUGACAAAAACAGCAGUAACAAAGACGAGGACAAGGAAAACGUCUGUGAACCUUGCUUAUUUUUAUUUUUUCAUCCUCAUCUUUGUUAGGACUGUUUUUGUCGAGUAGGAAGGCGUGUAAUAAGUGUACCAGAAAAUUGCCUCAUGCUAGUCUCACUCUCCUUCCUUAUCCUUUGUAUUCGUGUCCUUACUUUCACCUCGCUGAGGCGCUUCCUUGUAUCCUGGGACACCGCGAGUUCUAAAAGGACACGGGUGGACACAAGAACACCAGCACACAGCGCUAACUUCCAACUGCAGUUACUUCGAGAGGCGUACACAUAUUUACAUGGACCUCAUUACGCACGGCUACGAGGGCAUGACAUCAAGUCUAAGGUCGCGCACGUUCGUCCUACCUCCGUGUCCUUUUAGCGCAGCUCACUUUCCCUGAAGGAGGUUGUAAAAAGACAAUUUCUGGAGUGGACAUGAUGUCACAAAAGUGAAACAGGGUCACCACCAUCUUACUAAAGGAAUUGAAUAAUGUUAGCAUAUAGUGAGCAGGACUCUCGUUACUUCUUGCAGCUUAAAGAUGGUCAAUAUUGUCGAAUACAUGCUGCUCGAAGUGUCUCCUUGUGUAGCUGGUUUAAUGAUGAAAUUUUCAUGACAUCACUUCUCAGCCAAAGGCAGUAUUCUAGUCCAAAAACAACAAGCUGCCUAUAAUUUAUAUUAAACAAGCAAAAGCCGUUGAACUUUGACCAGUCUCCAGCUAGCGCGGCGCACUUUCAAGGGUGGUGAGGUAGAGGCAAGCGCUGGCUUCACCUCUGCUAGUAAGAAUCUGCGGGGGCUGCCACUCCAGACAAUUUUUUUUUUAGACCUCCCUGGUUUGCCCUGUAUGAUCAACCAACGAGCCUAAAUUACUUGCCUUGGUCAAGCUCCCUUCUAAAGCUUCUUCACUCUGCUGGGGGACCUCUUUGUAUGUCAAGUGCAAGUGACAGUGAGAGACUUUUCACUUUCGUGCCAUCUAUAAGGGCACCAUUACCUAAUGUCGAAGGGACGAUGAGCAAGGUGCAUCACACAUUUUUGGGGGAAGGAGCCGAUCCUGCAUUCUUGACUCAUUGCUCACUACAGUCAAAGCGAACGAGUUGCUGUCCUGUUUUUAAGUGCCGAGUGCGAUGCAGUGAGUUUGGACAAAACCACGGUUGUGCCAUAUUUCUGAUACCUUUACCGUCACAAACCAAAGCCAUGCUGUACUUGUGCAGAAUGCCAUUUUUCUUUUUUUUGCAACACUUGUGAGCAUCUGUUUAGCAAUAUAUCAUCUUUUUCUCUUUGUUAUGUGCUUGACAGUAAGCCUUCCGAAAAGGUGACCGGGAGAGUACCAAAUGUUGCAUCUGUAAGGGAGCCCAGUAGAAAAGCCUCUAAUGGUUAAAUCACUGGCUCAUUUGCAUUCAGGUUUCGCUAAGACAUGGCAUUUUGCAGUGCUUGGAUUCGGUAUUUGCUCGUUUCAGCCAUUAGAAAUUUAGAAGCGUCAUCGGUGGUGGUGCCACACGAGAAAUUUUGUGUGUGGAUUUGUCUCUGUGGGGCGGUCGUACUAUCUGUUGUACGGAAGAAAGAACUGUUCCUUCCGUUAUGUCUCUUUGCUGUGGUGGGCAUUUCAGCAUCCUAUAAACAGAUGGAGCCACCAUUGCUUUUAUUGAGGAAAAAUCUUUUUUUAUAUUCUUCAUCCAGCAUUGCUGCAGACAUAUACAGUACGGUCCACUGUUGAAGAGAACACACGACCGGUAAUAAAGCCAACAUGAUUGGAACACUUCUUCACCUUUCUCCGAAAGAAGCCGUUGAUUCAAUCAAUUGUACUUACGUUUAUGUAUAAAAAGUAAGUUUGUGGGCUUUUAUGCUGUAGCUUAGCAAUAAUCAAUGGCAGAAUACUAACUGCGCGUUCAACAGUGAACAUGGUAGUGAACAAAAUGCACCACAGAAUGCCACCUACGUGCAAAAUUUGAGUACAAACCUUCAGCGGUUUGGCUGGUAGAGCCACUUGCACAGGCUUCCUUAUCAAUGCAACAUUGUGUACGUUGGCAACUUGAAAUGACUGUGUUUGUGAGGUGCGUUUGUGGGGCUCUGAAAUGUGUAUGUGUGGGACGGAAAUUGGCUGCUCACGGUUAACCAUUGUUGUGAGUGGGAAGUGUAUCAGCGAACACUUUGGCAUUCCAGACCGGUAGUGGUACGUACAGGUGAGAGAGAUAGUAGGAAUGCCACCGUGAUAACAUCCACUAAACCAUUUUCACACCAAGACAGACCACCGCCAUAAGUCAUGCUCAAGCUGUAGAAUUACUUCUUUCUGUGCAACAUGGCAUGUGCGCGGAUUGGAAAGAUCGCCAAAGCCUUGCAAACUGCUGCCUGUUUUGUAACUUAUUUAUAAUGUAAUAUAAGACAUUUAGUGCCUUGGAGCGUGUGUUUUAUGUAUGACGUGUGCGCGUGUUUGUACAUUGCAGUGUAUUUCCGUUUUUU